AUUUGAUCAGUAACAAUGUAUUAUAUUUGUUAUUUAAAAUACCGUUUAGUUAUCAGUUUUGAAUUUUUAUUAAAAAUUUUCAUCGGUAUUCUUUGAUGUUCUAAUAGAAAUGAUUUAAUAUGUCAAAUUUCCCGCCAAGUAUUCUUUAGGCACGUGACGUUGGUUAGGAUAGAUUGUUUAUCAACAGUGUUCAAGAGAAAGUGGAUUCGACAUCCAAGUACAUAGUAGAUCCAGAACAUCAUUAUAUGCCAACAUUCCAGUCAUCCUUUUUAUUCGCAUUAUUUACACAAUGAGGUCGUUCUGGAUACAACUUACUUUGCUGCUAGUGUACUUAAUCAUUGUGUUUUUAAUUUCUCGAAUUUUGGAGCUGGUUCCAUGGUACAAGAAUGGCUCUGCAUUGGUUCAAGCCGUCGAUCCUUUCACAUUAAGUGUCCAGCAGUUGAAACAGCUUCUUGAAAGCAGAGGCGUCAGUGAGAUUGGUUACGUGGAAAAGAAAGAUCUUGUGGACCUCGUCAAAGAAUCUGCGCCGGUGUCCCAGGGCGAGGUGCAGGGCCUGGAGGCGCCCCGGCCGACGCCCGCCACCGCCCACUUCUCGGGCGCGCUGCACUUCUACGAGCAGGUGGAGGACACCAAGGACAGCGUGUGGCUGGUGCAGGUGCUCCGGCGCGGCCGGGCGCUGCUGGACGACGCCGGCUGGCGCUCCGUGCGCGCCCAGGUGGCGCCCUUCGCCAUCCGCACCGGGGUCUUCGACUGCCGGCUGGACAUGCGGUUGUGCAAGAGCAAAGGAUGGGAGGAGUCGUUGCUAGUUCUUGCGAUGCCGAAAGGCACUCGAUCCAAAGACAAGGUUAUAUUGAAAACUUUUUCUUCCAAGAAACCUGAGAGCGUCGUGGGGUGGGUCCGUGCCGAGCUGUCGGUCCGGGUGCACAAAGUGGCGGGCGUGGAGGAGGCCCGGUGCGGCUGGCUGGGGCAGUGCGCGGCCCAGGAGAACAGCACGGCCCCCGGGCCCGGCCGGGACGCCCGGGACGUCCGCGUGCUGCUGCUCACCCACAUGCUGCACCCGCCCUUGUUCCUGGCCGCCCUCAGCAUCAGGUUCACCGGCCGGGUCCGGUUCGGCAUGCUGGCCGUGCGGAGGGGGCGCCUGGCAGCCGUGCGGCGCCGGCUCGGGCUGCCGGAGCUCGGGCGCGCGCCCGCGUACCUGGUCGUCACCCCGGAGAAGUCGGUGGUGUACGGCCGGCGCCGGCUCGAGCACUUCAACUUCCACUCCAUGAACGUGUUCCUGAAGGCGGUGCAGCCGGAGAUGAACGACGUCUUCCUCUGCAGCCUGGUGGUCACCAACCUGCUGGCGAUCCUGCAGACCUGCCAGGUGUGGGAGUGCCUGUGGUGGAAGCACGUCGCCCAGUGCCUGUGGAUCAUGUUCAGCUACAACUUCUGGUUCUUCAUCUCCUGGCUGCUGCUGCUCGCCACCUACAAGUUCUCCGUGGUGAGCGCCGCGGCCGAGCUGGGGCUCUCGCUGGUGCACCGAGCCAGCCUCUCCGAGCUCGGCUCCCUGGUCCGGUCCGACUGCCUCGCGCUCAUGCACCACCCGUACAUCUUCUUCACGACGUUCGCCGUGUUCGCGUUCGUGGCGGCGCUGGUGCUGAACCGCGCGUGGCCCGUGGAGCGGGGCGCGGGCGUGCGCUGGACGGGCGUGCUGCCGGCCGGCUCGCGCUGGAUCAGCCGCUACCUGUUCCGCCCCAUGGGCGGCAUCUCCGCGCCCGUCUCGUCCAACGACCACGUCCGGGAGGAGCUGGAGUGGCUGAUCGAGCGGCUGGCCGUCCCCAACCUCUGGCUGCAGCCGGUCGUCCCGCACGGCUACGUGAAGGGCCUGCCGGCGUGGCGGUUCAGGGGGUGGGACGCCUGUCGGGGGGACUCCCCGGCGGUCCUGGAGCGCCUGAUGGACGCCCGGGACCCGGCGGACGUGCUCUGCCGUGGCCGGGGGACGCCGCGGGCGGGCCCCGACGAGGCCGGGUCCACGCCGAGCGGCAGCGACGUGUCCGAGGACAGCGGGGACGAGGGGGCCGUCGCCCCGGCGGGCAUGCGCCCCACCGCGGAGUGCGCCGUGUGCCUGGAGCAGUACGCGCGCGGGGCGUGGCUGUGUGGCCUGCCGUGCGGACACUCCUACCACCAGGACUGCAUCAUGGCCUGGCUCACCCGGGACAACCACAACUGCCCCGUGUGCCGCUGGCCCGCCUACAAGCAGAAGCACCCGCGUGUCGAGUGACUGACACACACGACACCUUCCCCUCCCCUCCUCGCUGUCCGAGUAUGUUGCACCUUCCUGAGAAGUCCGUCUUACCAGGCAUUCACAACGUUAAACUAACUGAAAACCUGUAUCCAAAAUCAUUUGCAUUUCAUUUUCGUGUACUAUCACAAACAUGAUUUUAAUUUUUUUUUCCACAAAAGUUGUUUUCCUUAUUUAAAAAAUAAUAAUAAUAUUUUGUAUUGUAUUAAUAUUAUUAUAUGUGAUCACAGGAAAUAUACAUUGUAACUUGUAGCAUUAUAUUUUUUAAGAGUGCCAUAUGCAUUUUUUUUUUUUAGUUGGCAGAAUAUUUUUCUCUUCCCCAAAAAUAAUUGUAAUGUUAUUGAAAAGAUGCAAGCCUUGGAAAUUAACAUUCAAUACAAAAUAAUAUUCAGAUAUAAAUAAAUUAUUAAUAAACAAAUAUAUUACCAUAUGUGCAGCAAAAAAAAUUUUUUUACUUAGUUUUAUAUUAUAUAAUAAUAGUUGGUAUUUUUUCAAAUACAUUUGCAGAAAGACUUAGCAUUUUUGCAGAAAGAGUAAAAAUGUAAUAAGUUUACAGGAGAGACACAGAAAGUAAGUAAUUUUUCCUGAGAGAAAGUGAAUUAAAUUGUGUAUAAGAAUUUGUACAUGUUAAAUUUUAGUAACAUGUUUACUUGAAUUCAGCUUGUAUAAAAAGAUCUUACACACAGGUUAAGUAUACUUGUAAAGAUUUUUAUUAUUUUUAUUUAUGGUAUUUUUGUUUAGCCCAGCUCUGAAAACCGUGUGGUAAAAAAGCAUGUUUAAUAAAUCUGUCCUUUAUUGUACCGACAGCUUCUGAAAUACAGCAUACAACCAGAUUCUUGUAAUUUUUGUUUAAAAUCAUAAUUUGAUUUAAAACUAAAAUUUAUUAUAAAAUAUUAUUUGAUGCUUUCAAAACAUUGCAAAAUUUUCUUAACUUUUUUUUAUGAUCGUGACUACAUGAAUUUAUAACUGAAAAUUACUGAAAUACUGACUGUAUUCUAUUCUUUUUUAGUCAUGUCAAAAAAAUGUGCACCACAGCGUAUUCUGAUUUAUUGAUGUAUAUAACUGUAUUAUAUGACACAAGUUACUAUGAUAACAAAUUAUGCAUUUUUCUCCAAGUUUAUUUAUUUAUUAAUUUUUGAAUAUUCUGUUGUGACCAAGUCUCUUACACAGUUGCUAAGUGGUUUAGUUGUAAUAAAUAUCUCCUUUGUUUUAGUUACUUUAUGUUCUGAAUCAAGAGGGCAAAUAAAAAUUUAUGUCCACAGAUAAUAGACAUUUUUCACCUUUUUGCAUGCAAUUACAGUAUAUGGCACAAAAAGUAGUAUGUAUUUGUUUAUUGCAUUUUACAGCAAAGCAGAGAAAUGAAUUAAUUAAAUUCUAUAUAACAAAUGAAUUUGUAAGCUAUUAAAUCCAGGGAACUUGUGUAAAAAAUCAAUAUACGUAAUGUAAAUAAAAUAUUUCUC